AUGCAUAAGCUGAAAAAAAGGUUGUUUCACUUUUCCAAUGCAGAUAAACUGGAUGCAGAACCUGAGAUUAUUAAUAUUUCUGAUAUAAAAAAGUGGCCUACAUUUCAGUCACUAGAUAGUUUAAUGGGUAAUUUUGAAAUGGAGGUAGCUAAUAUAGCCCCAGAGAGAGUUUUACCUCUCGUUGGGUAUAAAAUUAAAAAGAAAAAGUCCAAACUUUUGCGAAAAAAUCAAGGUGUCUCAAAAAUUACCUCACAGUUUCCCGCUCUCUACAAUGCUGCUCAACAAGGUCAAUUGGAAAAGCCAAGAGUAUCAUUAGAUAAUAAUGUAAAUAGAUUUAAUGCUCAGUUGGAUCAGCUAGAUCAAUUAAUGGAAGAAGUGAGACAGUAUAGGCCCGGAAACGAAAUUUUGGAAUCUCAUGGACCUCUUCGGAAAAUACAGAAGCGCAAAACUACGAUAAAACAAUUGUUUUCAGCUGCUAGCAAGUUUCAGAGAAAUUUGCACAGAGAAGAAUGGGGAUAUCUUAAGCAAUUGAAUCGUCCAGAAGUGGUAAACAAUACCACAGAAGUUCAAAGGAAUUUUCUAGAUUUAGUAACGAGUGCAUCGAAACGUCUGUUUAAUUACAUGGACGUCAACAGUGACGAUAUUAUUAGUCAUAGAAUAUUCGAAUCGAAUAUCAUUGAAUUAAACGAUGAAGUUAGUUUUAUAGUUAUAUGCCCGUCUGCAGAGUUGUCGUGCGCAGUACCGGGACAGAGGGAGCUUCUGUUACAGAGAGGUGAUCUGCUUAGUUUACCAAUUAAGGUAUUUGAAAUGAUACAUUUGAACACCUACAAACCGAACAUCACCAAGAAGUACGCGAAGCUAAGCUGCAGUUUGGAACUUGAUAUAGCAUCGGCCGAUCACCUGCAUAGAGAAGCUUUUUCCAACACCGAAAUUGCAAGCGCCAAAGCGAAGCUUUUAAAACUUCAGGAGUUGCAAGAUAAGAUGAACAAUAUAUGGAACAGUGUCAGGUGGUUAAUGAACGUUAUUACAUUUGCUAGAGAUCGAGUUUCACUGGGUAUAUCUAUAAGAUGUCUUAUGCAAACAGAAACUACCGAUUUCGGAACACCGGGUCUACUACAAAUCCCUCCAGAAGAGAAAUUGUUAAAGCAUACACUAGGUCGAGGAUCUUGGCCAGGUCCUGGUCAUGCAAUGUCUUCAACGAACCUUAUAACAGAGUUCAGUAAAAGUGAACAGAACCUCAACAUUAACGAAUACACCAAUAAUUAUAGUAAUAAUAGUAUAAAAGAACCGGUAAGAAAAGACAGCAUUACACCGGCCAAAAGCGAAAACAUGCUGUGCCGGUUAGCCACCCCUAGUCAACAACGAGAAAGAGCAAAUACCAUAUGUAACAUGUCGUCCAAUAUAGAAGUACCCCUUCUAUCCGUAAAACAAUCCAACAGUCUAGCCAGUAUAAACACCAUAAACGUAACAGAUACCUCAAAUAGUAUACAGAGCGUAAGCUCUGAUAGUGACUGUAGCCUACAGCCCUUUAUGGGAUCGUUUAACAAAAGACGAAAAUCCAAAAUGGUGACUUCCAAAAGUAUGAUAAACGUCAAACAAAGCCUAAAAAUCGAAAAAGUAAAAUCUCCAAACAGAACUUUAUUACACCCAGAUCUUAAUUCCAGUUUAUCGAAAAGUCUGACCAAUUUUAACGCUUAUGUAGAUGUAGAGGAUGGUACAAAGGAUACAGGGUUAUGUCAAAGUGAUUCUAAGAAUGAGAAUGGAAUUCUGCAAGUGUAUGCGGCCUAUGAAACUGGUUUGGCUUCUGGAACUAGUCUAAAACUACAUGUAACACCACAAACCACUGCACGGGAAGUGGUCGAUCUAGUUGUAAAACAGCUCAACAUGGCCGUCAUUCUCAAGGGCAAAGAUGGUCCAGUGUAUGACGUCGACAAGCUAAACAAUUUUUGCCUGGUAGCAGUGAUAGGUGCGAGGGAGCGUUGCCUUAGGGAUGAUUUCAAACCUUUACAUCUUCAAAACCCUUGGAGGCAGGGAAGGUUGUACGUUAGGCAGAAACAAGAUGUUCUAGCCGCUCUUGAGCAUAGUAGUAAACACACUUUGAUUAUUUGAAAGUUUGUUAUUUAAACAAAUAUGUUAAAAGUUGACAGAUUAUUAAAGUGGCAUUUUUAUACUUUAUAUUCUAAAGGUUUUUAAACGAGAAAAAUUGGUUUAAAAUGGUUGGGAAAAUUGGUUUAAAAAUGAAUGUAAAUAAAACAAAAGUGAUGAUCAACAUGUCAUAAUAGACUUGAAGUGGGAUUGAAAGUUUCGAAGAUUAUAAAUACCUAGGUCACACGAUCAAACUGGGCAACCAUAAUCAAAUGGCAGAGAUCACUAGAAGAAUCUGAAUGACUAGUGUAGCGGUAGGAAAACUCGAAAACAAAAAGAUGCCAAUAAAUUAAAAGAAAAAAGGGUAUUCAACAGUUGUAUUCUACCAGUUAUGACUUAUGGAAUGGAGUCCGUAACACUUAUAGAGUUAUCAGUAAGCGAUAAAGAAACAACACAGAAGGACAAUGUAUGGUGAGGAAUAAAAUUAUUAGAUUACGUCUUUCACAUUCUGGACCGAGGAUGUCAUCAACGUAGAGGUAACCCACAGAAUUGGAAAAAAAUCGUGAGCACAAUUAAACAAAGAAAACUUGAAUAUCUAGGCCACAAAAUUGAAACACGACAGUCGAAGGCCAGGUAGGAGAAGACAAUAGACCCCAACGUUUGCAGGGGACAGGACACUUAGAGGGAUAAUUAAGUAGAUGGCUUUUAAGAGAUAAAUAAAUAUAAGAAAUGGGGAGGAGGUACAUGAAUAAUGCAGGUAUAAUUUUACAGUGGUUGACACUAUCUACCAAAAGUUGAAGAUUUCAUACAACAAAUAACACCGUAUUAACGGAGAUAAACGGAAGAAGAAAUAGCCGACUCAAUUUACUUGUAAUUCCAAUUCGCUUGUAUUUGUACAACUGCGUUCGAAAAAUUUUUGGUUGGAGUGUGGCUCGAACCAUAAACCUAUAACAAAAAUCAGCCUAAGGUGGUCAAAUAGAAGAAGAUUAGGUGCUAAUAAGUCGAUCGUAACAAGAACAUUAAAAUGGUAUCGUUGCUCAGAAUCGGAAGCGUCAUUGGGGUGGAUAAGGAUAUGACUAAAGGAAGAAUAAUAGAUAGAUAAUAGAUUGCGUGCAAUGAGACUUGGCAGUGACCCUCAGGUCGAAUCCCCAAAUCUGAAAAGGUAGCUGCGAAAGCAGCCAUGGCCUGUGAGCAUUCGCGUCAGAUAAUAAUUGAGCUACCUAUGGCCACAGUCCACCCAGCUUCGAAGGUUCGGGAUUAGUGACUUCGUCCACUCCGCCUCAUCAUGUGUUGCCUCCCACUUUUGCUGCUACUGACCCAUUGAAACGAAUCUCUCGACCAGUCUUAUCAAAUUCAUCUCUCGCUCUCCAAUGUUCCGCCCCCUUCGACUAUGAAUCCUUGCCCUUUUACCUGCCAGCACAUGUAAAGGAACACAGCCAGUGAUCACCCCACAGAGCGGCCGCUGACACAGUCCUGUAGGCACAUCCUACCCGCAGCAGACUAGUUCUGUCCUCGCGUGUCUUGAUCCUCUUAUAAGUUGGUAUUUCUACCGCCUUACUCCAGACUGGGGCCGCGUAGAGGACGACAGACUGCACAACACCCUAAAGCUCCCUUCUCCUUUCGGAUUUAGAUCCACUGAUAUUAGGCAAUAUCCUCCCCAGCGCAGCCAUUCUCUCAAUAACUCUGCGGGUCAUCCCCUCACAUAUUCUCCCCAACUCCCACCCUGGUGGAGAAUAACUCCCAGAUACUUGACGUACUUUUUGGGCGUCACUUUCACUCCCGCGCCUUCAACUUCAACUUUAUCUCUUUUUCUGUAGCCUCUGAGUACUACAGCCUCCGUCUUAUCCUCCGUGACGGAAUCUUAUCGCGGUCUUAUCACAGAGACGGAUUAUUUGCAGUUUAAUACCCCGACAUAUAUCAGGUUCCACAGCGACGGAGCCCUGCGGAACCCCAGCCGUUACAUCCACAUUUCACACCAUUUUCCAAUAGAAUUUUCCUCUCGGAACGAUAAUCAGCGACCACAUUCCUCAGAUACUCAGGACAGUUCCUUGCUUCUAAAGAGGUCAUUACUUGACCCCAGUGCAAUGUAUUAAAAUAAUUUCAGACGUCAAAGAGAAUCAGCUCGAAGCACAUCAGUCACCGCAUCCUCUGUACUUUUACCCUGACAGAAACCAUAUUGUCUCGGAGACAGGCCUCCAGACAUUACAAUCACCUCCUCGAUACGUGCACGUAGCAUUCUCUCAUUCAUCUUUUCGAUACAAGGAAGGAGGCAAAUAGGACGAUAUUUUCCUGCCUUGAGUUUAGGUAGAAGCACGAGCCUCGAGAUGUUCCAGGUAUCCGGAAACGACUGCACAGCAAGAAGAGACAUGUGCUUCAACAGCCACGUGGGCUCCAAACGGCUCAGACUUACGGGAACUCACCGCCACAGCCAGUUCAUUCCAAAGUAUAGGGAAUCUCACGCUCAGCCUCGACGUCUCUCCGCACACCAUCCGUCCUUGUGGAAACAGUUCGGUGACUAUCUUUAGCUUCUGGUCCAACGGCCUGUCAUACAGAGAACAGGCAUCGAAAUACUUGAUUGCGAUCUUAUACCCUUCAACCCAGAUAUCCUCGUCCAGCUUGUCACACAGUCCCCUCCAGUGCCUCUUCUCAGCUCGGAUCCUCCUAUUCAACUCCUUUUUUUUCUUACGGUAAAUCGUAUUCACACGUUCCACCUCUUCCGCGCUCCAAAAUAUGCUCGCUCUUGUCAAGUGCCGGCGAAGGACCAUGCACUCUCUUCUCAGUUGCUCUAUCUCGACACACCACCAGUAAGGUAUUCUACCCUUACGCUCAGUCCCAAUUUUACUCAUAUGCAUCGCGGCUUUCAUAACCUGCUCGAGGACUUCCACCGAAGGUGUAACACGUCGAGCCCCAAGUACCUCCCAUCUAAUACUCUCAUCAUAUACACCCCGAUCCACCUGAUAUCUCCGGCACCUCGACAGGCAAGGUUUGGGUCUACCCCCAACGUCCCCCGUCUUGCCAAUCAAAAAGCUGAACAUAAAAUACCAAAGUCGUUAAAAGAUUGUAGAUUAGAUUAUAAAAUUAAAUACAAACAUCAAGAAUAUAAACAUCGAAAUGGGAGAUUGAGGUCUAAUCACCAAAACUAUUCAGUAUGAUACUGUAACAUGCGUUGAAAAACUCAGACUGGAAAAGAAAGGGAAUUAAGAUAGGCGGAGAAAAUUUAAACAACUUACGUUUAGCUGAUGAUAUAUUAAUAAUGACUGAAGAUCUACGGAUGACAAGAGAGAUGUUCAUAAACUCAUUGAGGUAACAGAAAACGUUGGUUUAAAUAUAAUAUAUAUAAAUAUGAAAAAUUUAGUGACUAACCAAAUCAUCAACGG